CCUGGCCGGGCCUGGGCUGGGCAGGGCUGGGCUGGUCCGGGCGGGUCGGAUCGGGUCUGGGGGAGGGGGCUGCGCCGGGAGCCCUCCGUCCGGCCGCGCGCGCGCAUGGCCCUGGUCACAGUGAGCCGAUCCCCCUCGGCCAGCGGCCACUCCACCCCCGUGGGCCCUGCGGAUGAAGGGCCGAGCCGGAGGAGGAGCCAGCUGCAGCGCAGGCAGAGCUUUGCGGUGCUUCGGGGGGCCGUCCUGGGGCUCCAAGCCAGGGGGGAGCCCGGGCCCAGGGAUCCGGACAGGUGCGACGGGGAGGAUGACCCAGAAGAGGAGGAGCCCCCCUCAGACCGGCCCGAUGGAAGCGGCCCCGGGACCCCGGAGUCCUCGUCCCCUGGGAAGCAGGAGCAGGGGCGGCACCUGCACCUCAUGGUGGGGCUGCUGAGGCCCCAGGACAACAUCCAGCUGGCUGUCCAGUUGGAGCCCACGCGGCCUCAGUGGCUCAGGUACCUGCUCGUGGUGUCCACGUCGGAGCUGCCGAGCCAGGGUGAGACUGUCCUCCUGGGGGUGGACUUCUCCCAGAGCAGUCCCCCCAGCUGCACCCUGGGCCUGGUUCUGCCCCUCUGGAGCGACACACAGGUCUACCUGGACGGCGACGGGGGCUUCUCUGUGACAUCUGGAGGUCAAACGUGCAUCUUCAAGCCCAUCUCCAUACAGACUAUGUGGGCCACCCUCCAGAUGCUGCAUCAGGCCUGCGAGACGGCCCUGGGCCACGGGCUGGUGCCCGGAGGCAGCGCCCUUGCCUGGACUGGCUACUACCAGGAACGAAUCACCUCCGACCAGGGCUGCCUCAACGAGUGGCUGGCCAUGGCCGACCUGGAGUCCCUGCGCUCCCAGCUGCCCAGCACGGACGCCAGCGGGCACUCAGAGCAAGAGCAGAUGGAGCGGCUCAUCCGGGCCGAGCUGUGGGGGGUGCUGGACACCAGCGACCUGGAAAGUGUCACCUCCAAAGAGAUUCGCCAGGCCCUCGAGGGCCGCCUGGGCUGCCCCCUGCAGCAGUACCGAGACUUCAUCGAUAACCAGAUGCUGGUGCUCAUGGCCCAGCGGGAUCGAGCCUCACACAUCUUCCCCCACCUGUACCUGGGCUCCGAGUGGAACGCAGCCAACCUGGACGAACUGCAGAGGAACCAGGUCAGCCACAUCCUGAACGUGGCCAGAGAGAUCGACAACUUCUUCCCGGGACUCUUCACCUACCACAACGUUCGGCUUUGGGACGAGGAGACGGAGCAGCUCCUGCCUCAUUGGAAGGAAACUCAUCGCUUCAUCGAGGCCGCCCGGGCCCAGGGCUCCCGGGUGCUGGUGCAUUGCAAGAUGGGCGUGAGCCGCUCGGCCGCCACCGUCAUGGCCUACGCCAUGAAGCAGUACAGCUGGGGCCUGGAGCAGGCCCUCCGGCACGUGCAGGAGCUGCGCCCCAUCGCCCGGCCCAACCCCGGCUUCCUCCGGCAGCUGCACACCUACCAGGGCAUCCUCACGGCCAGCCGCCAGAGCCACGUCUGGGAGCAGAAGGCGGGCGGCACGACCCCCCCCGAGGAACCUCUGGCUCCAGACGCCUCCUGGCUGCCCCCCGUAUCCCCCCGGGAGCCAGGGGGCAGCGGGGACUGGAAGGCCGCAGGCGGGGAGGAGCCGCAGGUGGUGCCCAGAGAAGAAGCCGGCCGUGGAGGGCCAGGCCCCCGGACCCGCAUGGACCUCCGGGGCAUCAUGAGGUCCAUCAGCCUGCUGGAGCCGCCGGACCUGGGGAACCCUCCUGACACCGGCGAUCUGCCUGAGGUGUUCUCCUCGUCUCCCAGCGACUCCUCCGAGGAGGCUCCUCACCAGCCUGCACAGGGCCAAGGGCCGCGGCCUGCCCUCUUCUCCCGGAAGUCCGUGGCCGCCUUGCACAGCGCGGCCCUGGUGGCCAACCGGAGCCAGGCCUUCCGGAGCCAGGCCCAGGGGGAGCCCGCGGCCGGGGCCAAGCCGAGAGCCCGCAGGGUGACGAGACAGGCCAGCGUGGACAGCAGCGGGGAAGAGGGAGGGCCCUGAGCCUGGGCCAAACACUAAAGAGGGGACCCCUGCCCCCCCCCACAGCUCCCUCCUCCCACCCAGCCCUCGCCCCUCCCACCCUGAGGGUGCCCGACUCCCCCAGGCCCAGAGCUCACUUCUCCCCAUGUUCAUCUGGGGAAGGGGCGUCAGCACAGGGCGGGAGGGGGAUUUUCAUCUGUCCUUCAGCUCUCAAAGAUCCAACCUUGGGCCCCCAGACCCCUCCCCCUCCCCCAAGCCUCCAGUGACCUGUGGUUUUCCAACCUUCCUAAGCUUAAGAUUUAACCAGAACCUCAAAGGGUCAGGGAGCGGCCCCCAAGGGAGCGGCCCCCAAGGACAGAUUUUCUUAUCAUCAGACGAGGCGUUUCAGCCGGGACACCCAGGGUCAGAGGCCCAACUGCCUGUCCCGGCCCCCCCUUCACAACUGACUCCCAUCUCUCCCCACGGGCCCGGACGGAGAAGCCUCCGGAGGCCAACGGUGGCGGGAGCGCCGUCCCCGGGACACUCGGUCACUGCCGGGCUGCCGGGACCUGAAUCUCCAGGCAACGGGCCGGGGAAAGCCGGGGCGUCUUUUCCACGUACAUGCUGGCACAUGCGUGUGUUGCACACACACACACACACACACACACACACACACACACACACGCCCCCCCAUCCUCAUUAGCUAGUCAGUAUUUUCUACGAUCUUUUAAUUCUAUGGCUUUUUAUUUAGGAAUAAACAAGUUUCAUAUUAAA